AUGGGUGUGUUAUCGAUUCUCUCUUCCUUUAUCUCUCUUUCUUUCUUUCUCUCUCUCUCCCUCUCUCUCUCUCUCUUCCUCUUUCUUUCUUUCUUUCUUUCUCUCCUUUUUCUCCUUCUUCUCGCUUUUCUCUUUCUUUCUUUCCUUAUUUCUCUAUUUCUCUUUCUUUCUUUCUCUUUUUCGUCUUCUUUCUUUCUCUUUCUUUCUCACUAUUUUUCUCUCUCUUUCUCAAUCUUUUUCUCUUUCUCUUUCUUCCUCCCUCUUUUUUCUCUUACUUCUCUCUUUUCUCUGUCUUCCUCCCUCUUUUACUCUUUCUUUCUUUCUCCCUCUUUUUCUUUCUUUCGCUCUCUCUCUCCCUCUUUUUCUCUUUCUCUUUCUUUUCACUUUCUUGAUCACUCUUUUUUCUCUUUAUUUCUCUCAUUUUCUCUUUCUUUCAUCCUUUUUCUCUUUUCUUCUCCCUCUUUUUCUCUUUCUUUCUCCCUCUUUUUCUCUUUCUUUCUUUUUCUCUUUCUUUCUCUCUCUCUCUCUCUCUCUCUCUCUUUCUUUCUUUCUUUCUUUAACCGACGCCCAGGAGGCUGCUUCUCCGAUCACUCCGAUUGUAAUAAUGAUAUUGAAAUCUCUCACACCCUGCCCUCAACACACAGACAGACACAGUCUCUCUCUCUUUCUUUCUCUUUCUUCCUCUUUUUUUCUCUUGCUACCUCGGUCCUCUCCCUCUCUCUCUCUCUCUCGCAUUCUUCUACUUUUUCUCUUUCUCUCUCGCUUUCUCCUACUUUCUCUCUCUCUCUCUCUCACUCACUCUCUCUCUUGGUUUCUCCUUCUUUUUCUCUAUCUCGCUUUCUCCUUUUUCUCACUCUCCCUUUUUCCUUCUUAUUCUCUCUUUCGCUUUCUCUUUUUCUCUAUUUCACUUUCUCCUUUUUCUCUCUCUCUCCCAUUUUCUCCUCCUUUUUCUCUCUCUCCCAUUUUCUCCUCCUUUUUCUCUCUCUUUCGUUUUCUCCUACAUUUUCUCUCUCUUGCUUUCUCCUUCUUUUUCUCUAUCGCUCUCUCUCUCUCUCUUUCUUUCCCGUUUUUUCUUUCUUUUUCUUUCUCUCUCGCUUUCUCCUUUUUCUCUUUCUCCCUUUCUCGUUCUUUAUCUCUCGCACUCUUUCUCCCUCAUUUUUUCUUUCACGGACUUUCUUUUCUGCCCCCUUUUUUCUCUAA